AUGGUCUCUGCCUACUCCCCCGUGCCGACCCAGGAAGGGGUGGCCGUUGCUGGCGGUCUGCGUCUGCGUGUCAAGCCCCUCCAGCUCCUCCUUCUGGCUGGUGUUGCGUUGAUUAUCGGUAUCCCACUGUUGGCCGGACAGGAGCGUCGUGCAGCCGUGUCCGACUAUAUGGGUUCCCGCAUUGGAACAGGGUAUAGGCACUCGGAAUCGUUGUCCUCGCACAUCCCACCUCCAUCUGGAGGCAUCCCAGACGACGAGGAUGUGCCCAUGACGCUGGAGGCACGUCUCAAGCACCUCCUCCAGCGUACCGCGCUGGAGCAGUACGAGGCCGAGCUGCCCAACCGUCACGGCUGUCCGUUCUACACCUAUGCGCGCAACACGUACUUUUUCCACGAGGGCAAAGACGAGCGGUGGCACAAGGUGUCGCGCGACGACAUUCGUCGCUACCGCCAGAAGAUUGUCGACUACUUCCGUGCUCUGGACCGUGAGGCCAUCCCCAUUGUCUGGGACAAGUCCAUGGAGGCCGACGUCCCCGUGGACCAGCGCCGCGGUCUGAUCUACACCGGCGGCGAGGGCAAGACCCUCGAGCGUCUCCGUUUCUCGCUGCACAUGCUCCGCAACGUUAUCAAGUCGACCAUGCCCGUCGAGGUCUACUACUUCCCCGGCGAGUUUGCGGACCAAAAGGUCCGCGACGAGUUCACCAACGAGUGGAAGGUCACCCUCAUCGAGAGCAACGCGCGCAAGGGUGACGGCAAGAGCUGGCAGAUCAAGAACCGCUCAUUCCUGGACACCAAGUUUACGCAGUUUGUUUACAUGGACUCGGACAACAUUCCCCUCAUGGACCCUGCCGAGCUCUUUGAGAGCGUCGAGUUUAAGCAGAGCGGCUCCGUGUUCUGGGCCGACCUCAACAAGGACCACCCCGACAACUCGAUCUGGCGUAUCAUGGGCCGCCAGUGCACCGACGAGCACUGGCCCGCCGAGUCUGGCCAGGUUGUCUACGACAAGAGCGGAAACCAGGGUCUCAACCUCGCCGUCCUCCACCUGUCCAACCACAUGAUGGACAACGCGGACAUGUACGACUUCCUCUCGUACGGCGACAAGGACACCUACCGCUACUCGUUCUAUGCCCUUGGUCUCGACUACCAGCAGGCACCCCGCAUGUUCGCGUCUGUCGGUGGAUACCAGCGCCAGGACGGCACCUCGUCGCCUGACUACUUCUGUGGCCACGCCAUGAUCCAGUGGGGCCUCACGCCCGAAUCUGCGCGCUACGACACGUCGUACCACCCUGUCCCAGCCUUCCUGCACCAGAUCCUCACCAAGCACCGCUACGGUCUCCAGCCCGACAAGCUCUUCUCGCACGCCAAGCGUCCCCGCGAGGACGGCAUCCUCGACCCCCGCCUCGUCCGUACGCUGUACGAGUUUACCGGCGACUGCUUCGCCAUUGAGCUCAAGGGCCCCGACGGCCUUGCCGACUCGCCGAACUCGUACGGCGACGGCCAGGGCACCAUCAUCGAGCCCAUGGCCGACGUCCUCCACGCGCACCCGCACGUCGCUCAGGCUCUCGCGGACAUGAGCGAGCGCAUCGCCCUCCUCAACAAGCCUGGCGACAGGUAA